AUGGCCGACCGCAUGGAGAUUGACUCCAGUGACGAUAGUCGCGAGAUGACUGACGCGAAUCAGCAACUUGAACGCGAACUUCUUCAGUGCCAGAAAGGAUCAUCCCCAACUGCUGUGCAUUCGCGGCGAAUUGUCUCGCUCGGCGUUUCUCCUCAUUACGUGAGUCACUGGACCUCUGCCGAUGCCUUUCGGGAACUAUAUCAGAAUUGGAAGGACGCCAUAUUGGAACGGUUCCAGAUCGAUCGAAUCGCCUUCCGGCCAUACUUCGUCGACGCCUGCGAUCAUUACGCCGUCUUGGUACCAGACCCCGCGGACCCCGAGGGCCGCCGAUCCCUGGGAUUCAUCAAGUAUGACAAAAAGUCCAGUCGGGUCACUUUGGCGAACGCCUGCCUGCAAUUGCCCUUUGAGGCUCUCGAGUUGGGCUUCACGACCAAGGGCGACCAGAACCAACUGGCGGGCUCCCACGGCGACGGACUCAAGCUGGCAGCCGUGGCUCUGUCUCGGGAUGGGUAUAGGUUGCAAGUGGCGGCCAGUCGGUGUUCCUGGAAUUUUUAUUUGCGGGAGCCAUGCAAGUCUCGCCUCCAUUGCACCAUCACCCCAUCGCGCCAAUCUGGGUCCACCCGGACGGACUGGGCCGAAGAUAUUGCCGGAUUGCGCUUCCACCCCGAGCGAGAUGUGGCCGUGCUCAUCGGCCCUGGACGCACCACCCAGGGUCGGCCGGUGGCACCUGAAGAAUUUCUUGAGUGGCUGCAAAUAUCGUUGGAUAUUCGUGGCCUCGCCUACCCGUCCUCGGUUGUCGAGACAAGCCACGGGGACCUGCUUUUUGACCAAAAUCUCCUUGGUAGGAUUUAUGCCCACGGUGUGCUAAUCUCUGGAACAAACUCGAUUUACCCGUUUAAACUUGGUUAUAACUUUACAGAGGGGAAAUUCAAUCGCGAUCGGCGAUGGCUCAUGGACCGGCGUGGACUGGCAGAGCGAGUGUGCCGAAUCUGGGAGUCCGCCCUUCAAACGCACGAGGACGUCCUUCUUCCGAUAUACGUGAGCCUCCUCCGAAAGACACCAGCGCCGAUGGACGUUAGUCUGGCUGCUGAUUUUCUCUUACCCUCGAACAUAUCCCGCAUUUGGACGUAUUUGCUACACGAGUCCAAGGGCAAGGACUUUUUCUAUUGCGAAACAUCCGGAGCCCAGGAUGUCAAGAUGAUACGAGAGACCAUUGGAAAAAGGCCCAUGAGGCUGUCGCGAGAAUUGUGGCGCCUACUGCGGUCGACGACACCUAUCCGCAGUGCUGCGGAAGAACUUUCAAUGCUUUUCCAAAAUGCCGAGGAGAUUCAAGUGGUUUACGUCAAGGGGUUCGAUAGUAGGGCGGAUGUUAUGUAUAGUCCUCAGCAAAGGACACUGAAGGUCCACCGCCGAUGGCUGGACCUUGACGAUACACACCAGCGAACCUCAUGUCGGAACUGGAUUCUUCGUAGUGCGAAUAAGGAAAGCGGAAAGCGCGAGCCCUUCUUUUGCGGCCACAUCAUUGAGGAGCUCCUAUUACUUUCCAUCUCGUCGGUGUUUGGAGACUCUCAGACCCCUCGGACCACUGAGAUGAGGUAUAUGCGCCAUAUCCGACGUCUACUCCGAUACAUGCCACACCAGAUCACUUUGGCGCCCUCGGAGGGCGGCUUGACGGUUGCUUGGGAAGAUAAUGAGACAGAGCUGUUUCGGAAGCAUGGCCUCGAUGGGGCGGCGUAUCAUGUGAUACUACACGAGGAAAGCUGUAUCGACAUGAAGCAGGAGCUCCUCCACUCGGACCCAGUUCUGGACUCGUCGGACCUCGCAGUCUGCGGGUGCCGUCAGCAGUUCGUUCCGCAGCGGACCAAGCAAUGCCUGUUCGCAGACUUGGAUGAAUUCAAAAGGUACUACGCGAUGGUUUCACUCAACGAAAGGUCCGCAUUGUACGGUCUAAUAACGGAGCCUUUGUAUCCCCUAGCAGUGGCGGAGAUUGGACCCUCCGUUGUCGUCGGCGAUCAGCCUUUCGGUGAUCUCCAACACAGGCACGGGCCAAUCGACUGUUCGGGUCUGCCGAUGAACAAGAGAAAAACAGUUUCAUCUGCUCAAAAGUCGAGGAGCAAAAGACAGAAGUAUAUGGACUGA